GUCAAAUAGAAUUGCCAAAUAACGGUAGCUUGGCAACCAAAUGUCAAAUGUUUCGAUCAAACUUCAACUUAAACUGGAAACGUGAAAACUGAAACAAGUGAAAUAAUAUUGAUACUAAACAACAAACUACCUUUACUCGAAAAUGGAUGAAAACGAAGAUGAAGUGGAGGUGGUCGAAAAGGGGGUUGACCAUGAUCUUGGCAGUGAAGCUGACGUUGAUGUUCCGGCCGAGGAGCAGGAGAUAGAGACCGAACCCGUGGAGAUGGACAGCUGGGAAUCGUUUCACGAACGCAUCGAUGCACUACUAGCCAAGGAGCACUGCGAUAAGACUAUACGUAAACUGGAUAAUCGCCGUUUAUCUGUUCUGCAGCGAGUACGCAAUAAAUACCAUGAUACACCCAAGAGCGCGGUUGAGCGUUGUCAGGCGCAAAGAAGUCAAAUUGAUCAACAACUCGACUUGUCCAGUACACGCUUGGAUGAACUUACUCGCUUUGGCAAUGAGCUGGUCACAAAUGUACGAGUGGCCAAUGAACGAAGGGAAUUGAAUCGUCGCCUGUUUGAGGCCUCACAGCAACAGAACUUACAAUUGAAUCUACAACGUGAAAGUAUUGAGACAAUGGCCAAAUUUGAUGAUAUCAAAGCCCGUUGGACCGAACUGGAAGAGAUUAACGAACCGAUGAUGCUGUGGGAUCAAAUUGAGGAGCAAAAGAAACGCAUAGCCGAUAUUAUGUCUAAUAAGGAUGGUAUGAUUGCUGCCUGCCAGGCCGAAAUCGAACGUAUGAAUGCCAAAUAUGAUUUCGAUCGCGAACGUCAGGCAAGUGAUCUAUGCUGUCUGGUUGAGCGUGUUGAUCAUCAGGUGGAAACCCUUAAGGAGGCCUACAAGCAGCACUUGCAAAUGCUUCGCCAUACCAUCGAAGAUGAACGUCAAUUGUUCUCCAUAACAGCUGUGGAGAAAUGGCGAACCUUUUUCGAUGCUCUCAAUGCGAAUUUCGAGGAGAAGGCCGAAUUGGUCCGGAGUCGAGAGAAAUUCUAUGCGAAACAAACACGUCAAAUCAACGAGAGCCAAGAGGAAUUGACCAAAUCGACCCGUAUACGUCUGGAGAAGGAAUGCGAACGCUUGGAAUUGGAAUUACGACGAACUCGCGAUAAUGUCUUGAUGAAUUCCGAAAAAUUGGACUAUAAUUAUCAAGUGCUGCAAAAGCGCAACGAAGAGAAUGUCAUUAUAAACAAUCAGCAAAAGCGCCGAGUGGCUCGUUUGCAUGAAACUAUAGCGAAAACACGUCGCUCCUUGAAGAGUCUUCGUCAACAGGGUAAACGGACAAUUGCCCGUCUCUCGGCGGAUAUAUAUAAACUCCAUUCCAAUAUCAAUGACAUGGAAAUGAAGGCCUAUCACUCACGUCUAAAUAAUCGUGAGAAAUUCAAUCGUGUCUGGCAAAUCAAUUAUCGUGAAUUGCAAUCUCUGAUCGAGCGAGUCUAUCACAUUGACCGCAUCAUCCAUGAACAACAAUUGGCAAUGCCCUGGAUACGGCCAGUUCCACCAAUACCCAAUAUCAAUAAGAGCGCCAAGAAAGGGAGCAAGAUUUUGGAGCGUUUCGAUUUGCGGGCUGGAAAAGUGCCAAAAAAUCGUCAAAUAACCAAAGCAAUGCCAAAACAUAAACCCGAUCUGAAGGAUUUGCCACCAGAAUCAUUACGCCUGAUGCGUAAUCUAAUGAGAAAAUUAGCCGAUCGUGGAGGUUUCCUGAUCGAAGAGCGUCUACUCAAAAUAAUUGAACCCCAUGCCGAUCAAGAGAAAGUUCUAGUACGGAUUGAUAAUAUAUUUGCCGCCUUGCGUAUACGUCAUAUGCGUGAUAUGCAGGAAUUGACCAAAGUCUUUCUACCCUAUACCUAUUGUCCGAAUUGUCAGCCCCAGGGUCUGAGUCCACGCAAAUGCGCUGAGGUCUUUAUGAAGGAUACCAAAUUGAAUCGGUCGCCCGAUGCAUUCGAUGAGAAGGUACAGCAACGUCUCCUGCAGCCACCGGAUCGUCGUAACCAGGUGAACAAAACAAUUCUCGUCAAGGGUGGAGUCGAACGGGAGCCAUGCAAACAUCAUUAUUUGGUUAUGGAACCAGCUCUAUGUCUUCAUGCCAUGAACUUGUACACCUCGAAAAUGCAUAAACUUAUGUAUGAAUCGGAAUCGAGCAAACAUGCAAAUGAUGUCAAUUUGAUACAAUUUACCGAUGAUGAAAUUCGUAAUUUUUGGCGUCAAUUUCUAAACUGUUUCCCCACCUCCAAAUGCAAAUUGUGGAAAACUCUCGAACAUGGCCUUAAUCAUUAUGUGGAAGUACUGAAAAUGCGUGUACAAUAUGAUGCCGAAGUGGUUUUCCUGCGACGCCAGAAUGAAGAAUUAAGGCAUCUCUUGCAAAAGUUUAAGGUCUAACAGCUAAAUAAUAUUUAUCUGCAUUCUUAAUUUACUAAACUAAUCCUAACCCCAAAAAUAAUGAAACCAAAUUAAAUUGUAUUGUAUUUUUUAAAACUCGA